AUGCCGAGCGAAAUGCUGGAUCAUGGUGAUGGCAAUGAUGAGCAUAUGUAUGCAGGUAAAUGCAAUAAGAUCAAGAACGAAAUGCUUGAGUGGGACGAAAAGGAUGAGCCAAGCACAAGAAAAAUAAGUAGGUGGGAGAUUACGCCUAGGACAGCAACACAAUCAAAGAGGUUGAAAUGGGAUCAAACUCCAUUAGGAUACAUCAAGAUGGAGGAUGAUGUAUGGAGUGGCGGUGUAAGCAGAAUGAGUGCAAGGUGGGAUACAGAUGAUACAAAGGCAGUGAAUGCUGUGUACUCAGAGAUGUCAGCCAGAGAAAUCAACAUGUGUCUUCCGAGCAAGGGAUACAAGAGAUAUGAUGUGGCUGAUGCUGGCAGAGAUGUAUAUGAUGGCAUUGAUAAGGCAGGACUGCCUGAGAUACCUGCUGAUGAGAAGGACUUUUUCAUGCCGAUUUUCAACUCAGGGAGUGAGGCUGAAGUUAAUGUGUACAAAGGAAUACUGCUUGUGAAGAAUGGAAGUAAAGCCAUGCGUGCACGUGGACUGGCGAUUCUUAAGAAGGCUGAUGCGGGUCUGGCAUUAGAGGCCGUGGUUCUGAUGGGGAUGUCGUUGGAGCUUGAUGAUGGAGGCAAGAUGAAAUUGGUCGAGAUGCUCAAGGCGCUACUUGAGAGUGUAGAUAUGCAUGGAGUAAAAUGCUUGCGAGAGAUUCUGUUUGUGCUGGGAUCGUAUUGCUGGAUUGACUUGCCAAGAAAGCUGUUGAUACCGGCUCUGACGAUGAUUUAUGCAAAUGGAAUUGAGUUUGUAAUAAGUAGAAUUCAAUACGACUUUUCAAGCAAGGAUUUCCAUAUCAGAGAAGUGGUUGGCAAGGUAAUAGGCACAUUUAUACGAUUCUUUAAAGUGGAUGAAGUGUUUAAGCUUCUGAAUAGCAUGGGAUCUAGCCAGACAGCAGAUGUCAGGAAGUGUUGUGUUAGAGCAGUGCUGGGCAUUUGCGAUAUGCUUGGAAGUGAAGCUUCUUUGUAUUUGGAGAUGCUGCUGGAUGUUAUUUGCAUGCUGGUUCAGGAUGGAAACAGAUUUGUGAAGAUGGAUGCGGCAAAUGCAAUGUCUUACAUGUUCAGCACAGUAAGUUCUCAAAUACCUAGCGCCGACAGCAUAUUCUGCCUGCUCAGCAAUGAAUUCGUCAACUCAAGAAGCAUUGAGUCUGAGGCGUUGCUAAGGGCAAUGUCCCAUUUGUGCUAUGACAGUGUGGAGCAUUCUAGAGUUGUGUUUGAAUUCCUGAGAGCAUCUGGAGCAAUCGAUGCAGGGAGUGCCAGGAUAUUUGAUAAGGUGUGCCUUAUGAUUGAUAAGGAAGAUGCAUUUGAGUAUUUUUGCAGGCUGCAACCUGUUGUGUUUGGUACGGAUGCAAGGGAGUAUGAAAAUGCCAUGAGUGCGAUGUGUGUGAAGAUGUGUGUGGAUUCCAGAGCUGCAAAGAUGAUUCUUGCAUGCUACAGUGAUGCCUGGAAUGCAAGACUGGUUUCGAAGAUUUUCAGCAAUGUAGAAGGUCUGGAGCUUGAUGGCGAUGAUGCAGACAAGUAUUACAGAUGUGUUUGCAAUGCAAUCAGACAUGGCGCUGUUAGUGUUAAGCUUGUUCGAUUGCUGGUCGGUAAGCGCUUUCUUCAGAAAAGGCAUACGGGAAUGCUUGUUUCAGAGUUUAUUGGGAUGCUGAAGGAUCCUGUAGCAGACACAAGGACUAGAGGGCUCUGCAUGUUGAAAAGCAUUGCAAGCAUGCUGAGCAAAGAUGAGCUUGUGCUGUGUGGAAAUUUUCUGAUGGAGAACAUGAUGGAGGAAAACCAGGAUGUAUUAUCGAAUGUGCUGAGGGCCACAUGUGCUGUAUACAGCUGCCACAGGUUUAGGCAUGCUUCCGAUUUGAUCCUGGGGAUUCUACCUGUUAUCAGGACAAAAGAGCAUGGAGUGACUGAAUCUGCUGUUGAGCUGCUCCAUGCCAUCUGUGUGAAUGCACCUGACGAGUGUGCAACGGUCUCCAGCAAAGAAUGGCUCAGGAUAUCAUAUGAGCUGACUGAUGUACUUUCCUCAUGGAGCAGAAGAACAAGAAGAGGCGUUAUUGGCUGUCUUGGAUGCAUAUCAAGAAUUGUAGGGCCGCAGGAGAUUCUGAACAUAUUGAUGGACGGGCUUGAAUCUGAAAACAGAUUCCAAAGGACCGGUGCGUCUAUUGCAAUUGGAAUCGUGGGGGAGCAUAAUGGAUUGUGCUCUGUUCUGCCGACUCUGCUGGCUGAUUACCGAAUACCAAGUGUGUCUGUGCAGCAAGGGAUAAUGAAGGCUAUACAGUGUUUUUUGCAAAGGGUGCCUGAUGUGCCAUGGGAAUACAUGUUUUCGGCUAUUGCUGUGAUUGAAGAUGCAUUGAUGGACAGAGACCCGGUGUACAGAAGUGCAGGAAUCACACUUGUGAAGCAUGUUGUGCUGAACCACACAAAAAGCAGCACGGAUGUGGUGUUUGUCACACAUCUGCUGAAUAUGGUGUGGAUAAACAUUCUGGACAGCACACCAAUAGUGAAAUCAUCGUUUGAUGAAUGCAUCGAGGCAUUCUCCACUGUGCUUUCAUCAAGACUUUUGUAUAAGUAUGUCAUGGGAGGUCUUUUGCAUCCCUCAGGCAUAGUCCGGCAGAGAUACGGUGCAGUGCUUGCAAUACUAGAGCAUUUCGAUAGCACAAGCCUUUCGCAAUCAUAUCUUAUAGAAGAUGACUUUUUAAUGCACAUAUAG